UGUGUGUGUGGAGAGAAAUAAGAAAAUAAGAGACAUUGCAAAGACAACAGCAGCGUGCUUUUUUUUUCUUUGUCUUUAAAGCCUCUUGUCAGCCGAAAGAUUAGUUGUCAUAUUGGAACGAGUACAGUAUAGGGUAACAGAACUGCGUUCUUUUUUUGUAGACUAGAGUGAGAAUUCUUUGUACCAGCUGUACGGCUGGUUUUGGGCAAGUGAUGGACCCUUUAGCAGAGAGAUUCAAGGCUGGUUUGCUGCUAGGUGGGUUGGGAGAUGCUUUAGGAUACUACAAAGGACACUGGGAAGGGUGUACAUCUGGAGCUAAGAUCCAGGAAGAGCUCGCGACUCUUGGGGGCCUGGCGGCCCUGAAACUGGACUCUGAAAACUGGCCGUUAAGUGAUGGAGCUCUGAUGCUGAUAACGACAGCCGAGGCAUUGGUCACAGAUUACUGGUGCUUGGAGGACUUAUACCGUGAGCUGGUGAAGCAGUAUGUGGAGGCCAUGGUGGUGCUGCAGGGUCGCCCCCCUGAUCCCAGCACUGUGGAGGGAUGUGCCUAUCUUAAGCCCGACAACUUCCUACUGGCCUGGCACACCCCCUUCAACGACAAAGAUCGUACAGGGGAAGCUGAUGCAAAGCAACUCACUAAAUGUUUACAUGCAGCAGAGUCACGUGACACCAAACUUUUCCAGGAUCUUUGUGAACAAUCACAACUCUGUGAGUCAGCAGUGAAAUGCACUCCUUUACAUGAGAGGAAACCCCACACAGAUCCACAGGAAUUCAUACAAGGGCGUCUGUCUGUUCCAGUUAGUGAACCAGAAUUUCAGCCCCAGGAAUCAGAGUUCCAGAGCGAGGCAUCUGUCUCCCAGAAUUACAAUUCAGUAGAUUCAAAUGGAUCUCAACCUCAGUCUCAAAAUGAUCUCAUCACAAAAGCACAGCUAUCAGAAUUCCAGAGCGAUGUGUCUCUCUCACAGAAAAGCCUGAAGCCUGGAGAUUCAAAUAGACAACUAAUUCAGUCUCAAAAUGAUCUCAUCACAAAAUCACAGCUGUCGGAGUUAGAAAGCGAGAAGUCUGUCUCACAGAAUUACGAUUCAGCCUCAGUAGAACACGGAUGCCAAUCAAAUACACCUCAACCUCAGUCUCAAAAUGAACUCCCAAACACUAAGAUGUCAGAAAGUGAUGAAACCAGUUCACCUCAGAAAGCCUUCACAUCAGAAUCAGAAUCAGAAGGACCCGACACCGAAACACAUCUGACAAAUGCCAAACAAUCUGACACGUCAACAACCCAGUUGUGUAGACAGCAGAUAAUUAAUGACACAUGUGAUGACAGUUCUCCUCACACAACAAGUCAUGGACAAGUUGAAUGCAACAACAAGUCAGCCAAUGUACAUACAAACGAAGGCGGGCGGAUAUACGAGCAUGAAGGCAUCAUCCAAUGCCAAAAGAAAGAGAAUAAUCUGAAAACAGAGAUUCAGACUAAAAGUCCUUCACAGAAUGAGGAAGCGGAAAGCUGCCAUCUUCAAGCUCAGCCUGGUAGACCAAAGUAUAGAACAUUUCAAUAUGAAGAUACAUGCAAGGAGAAGAAGUACAUUCCCAUGACAAUUAGAUUCUCAGACACAUUUUAA